UGGUUUUUUCCCGUAGUAUCUAAAUAUGUAAUAUUUUAUAUAGGGAGUUCCAUUUGAAAUUAUAAAGUUAUCCCCGCCUCCCUUAAAGGGGGAGAGGGGCCGACUUUAUGUUUACGUAGUUAGAAAGGUCCCUUGAAUACAUGAAACUUUCUCAUGAACAACUUUUUGAUUCGACAAAAAUUUUUACUUCAAAAUAUGAGCUCGCAAGAAGAUAAUUUAAAUUCUUUGCAUAAAGUAUACAAAAAUGAUCCAAUUUUAUUCAGUAAUUAUGUCGAAAAAGAGGUUAAGAUAAUGAUGAAGGAUGAAAACGUCUACUAUGGUACUGUUUAUACAGUUGAUCCGGUAUCGGAAAGUAUUGUGCUCUUACAGUCAGGAACAUCUACGCAAUAUCGUUUAAAAAUAAUAUUCAACCAUGCCAUUAAGAAUAUCGAAGUAAUAUCGAAAACGAAAAAAAUCGUGCCAGAAUUGUUCCAGCCUGCAAAACUUUCACAAGCGACAGUUACUAAAAGAAAGGAUAUCAUUAUACAAUUAUUAUUGGAUAAUCGAUUUCCAGUCAAAGAGGAGAAUGAUGUCCUAUUGAUCGAAGAUACUGUAUCAAUAGAACCUCCAUAUUAUCCCGAAAAUUGCACGUGUACUAACAGUAUUAUUCUUACCAGAAUACAAAAUAUUUUAAUGCGUGUAAAUAUUGAAUAAAAUUAAUUACGCUCAACAAAAUACAAAAUCAUAUUUCAAGAUGCCUUGUCAAAUUUUACAGAGGGUGUUUCAUUACAGAAUUUUGAAUUGUACUAUAUAAGCCAAUUUAGAAUAGAUUAUCAAAAUAUCGAAACGCUAAUAAUUUACGAGUUAUAAGCCUCUAAAAAUAGCACAUUUCACAAAUUGAACAUUGAGAAACUAAAUGGAUGAUAAAAUUACAUUGUUCAGUUAAUUUUAGAUGAAUAUCCUGUAUAAUAUUGCAUUCACAUAUGUAUUGAAAUAUGUAAGGGAGUUUCAAUAUAUAAUAGUUCAGUUGUUUGUAUAUAGUAAUAAUAUAUUUUACCAAAAGCAUUUGCUUUGCUAAUUACAAAAAUAGCCUUAUUUAUCAUUAGGAAUGUAUUUAUUACAUGCUGUGAAAUUGAGGAAUUUUUUAAAACCCAAUAAUUCAAGAAUUUUCAUUCUCUGGAUUUUUUUUAAACGAUCACCGAGGAAAGAAAGUAUUAAACUUUAAAAAAAUUUCUUUCGGUUUCCUAAUAAAAAAUAAUUUUCCGCUUCGCAAAACGGUGUUUUACCUAAAGUAUGACAUUAAUGCAUUUUAAGACUGUUAAUUUAAAAAGUAGGUUUACAAUUUACAGCAAUUGAUUUGUGUACAUAUAUGUGAUAUUUUUUACAUUUAUAUAUGUGAAAUAAUGUGAAGAUUGCGAAAAGCUAUCUGACAAGAAUAGAUGAUUAUAAUAACUAUCCAUUUUGUGAGGGCAGGAACAGCUGUUUCACAGAAGUGUAGUGAAAUGCAGCUGCAGUUAUAAGUUUAUCAUUAUAUAGCUAUUUAGGAUUAAAUGUACAUAAUUAUCCAAUUUAAAAUUAAUGCCAUUAUACUGAAUGAGAGCUUUAUAUUACACAAGAUUCAGAGUUCUUGUAUUAAAUGUGGCACUUAUUCUAACUUCUAACAAAGUUAGAAUAAUGUAUUUCGUGUUAAAUGCAUAACUAGUGGACACACUGGUUUAUGUCUGCUGAAUUUUGAAUUUAUUGGAUUGUCAAGAAUCUCUUAUUACUAUUAGAUUAUGUGUAAUACAAGAUACAUGUAAAAUUGAUAUGUGAUUUACAUAAUGCAGUUUGUGCUAAUAAACAGUUUCAUUCAGUAUCAAGUAUUGGAUACAUUUAAUACACAUGUUAAAUUAUUUAAUUGAAAACGUAAAAAUAGCAUAACUGAAGCGUUUUAAGAAUAAUUACAACAUUUAUGGUCUCCGUCCUUUUAUUGUAACCACAUUGAAUUUUCGUAGUUUCAAUUAACUAGUUGUACUUUAAACUGUAUCUCAAUUAUCUUUAAUUCUUAAUUUAAACUAGCUAUAUAAAUACAUAUCGAAAUUGGAAAAAUUUCAUAUAUAAAUGAAGAUAUACUAAAUUUAUAUGCAUUAUCUCUGUACUUGCAAAUGGUGAUGGAAUGUUCUUAAAAAGCUUAUAGUAAUAUUUCGAGUUAUCAGAGGCUAAUUAGCUGAUAAUAUAAAUAAUAAUAAUAGAAUCGAAUCUAUUAUUUUUUUUUAAAUACAGAUAUAUGUUUGAUAUAUGUAUAUGUGCAUAAGCACUUAAAUGUUAUAUAAAGACUUAUUGCUUUAAUUGUUUAACAAGAUACUUUUAGAUAGUUUGUUUUAUAUAUUUAAUGAUACUAUGCCAAAAUUUAAUUCUACUUUUAAUUAUAAAAGAUAUAAAGUAAUUCUGCAUAUGUAAAUACAAAAUGUUAAAAUUUCUUUUUACUCAAGUUUAGGGAUAUUAAUAUAUACAGUUAUGCUUUUUUUAUUUGUAUAAUUUGAUAUGAUAAUAACUAACACUCGGUAUUUUCUGAUAAUUGAACAAUUCCAAUUUUAAGCUUUAACCUUGAAUUGUGCAGAACUGAACAUUUUAUGAUUCUAAAUUUAUGUGUAAAAUAGCAAAAUGAAAUUAGGCAACAUAAUGAUGAGAAAGAAACAAACAAAUCCAGUAUUCCUGUUUGCAGUGAAUACUAUUUUCGUUCGAAUUUUUCUUGAUGCUUAUUCAAACAAUCGCAUCUUUCGAUAUUGUAAAUCAAUUAAAUAAUUUGACAAUUUUGGUUUUGUUCGAAAUGUGAACAUGUUAAAACCUUUCCAUUUUUAUUUCAAAUUAUUCAAAUAAUUUCACACAAAUCAUUUGAAUUUGCGUCCAAGAUCUAAUAAUAAGAUACAAUAAAUUUGACAUAUUUUGUAUUGAAUAUUUAUGUAUAAGAAUUAGAAGCAUAACUUCUAAUUAAUUUUUCUUGUUUCUCUUUAUAUCUAAUUAUUUUUUCUUUUACAAUCAUGUAAUGAUUCAAAUAUGAUUGAAUUUUUUAUGCAAAUUUUUAUGUUACAUUCUAAUAUCAUCUGAUUUAUCAGUGUCAUCAUGUGUUUUCAUAAAUACUAAGAGAUCAUAAUGGUGGCAGUAUAUUUAAUAAAAUAAAAAUGAAAUUUGAAAGCGAUUCAAUAAAAUGAUUUGAGAUAUUUUUAUUGUUAUAUUGUUUAUCGUCAAUGUUACGUAUUAUCUUUCAUUUAAAGUUUGUACAUAAAAAAUUCUUGUUAUAAAAAAAAUAUAUCAAGUACCAAAAUUUUAAAAAGCUAUUUUAAAGACAAACAUUAACGUUCACUUAGCGAUAAAAAUAGUAUUGAUAUGUGACAUUUACUUAAAUUAAGACUGAGAAAUCUGCUUAUUAAUUUUAACGAAUAUUGAAAUCUAUAAUAAUAAUCAGUUCUCUUAGGCCCAGUUGCACCAAUGUUAUUUUGGCUGUAAGCAAGACUUAAAACUUUUGUCAAUAAGCAUUAAUUAAAUCGUUGGUUAACUUAUAGUUUAAAACCUAAAGCCAAAAUAACAUUGGUGCAAGGGGCCUUAGAAAUUAUUGUUUUAAUUAGACCCAAUCAAACAACGUUACGUUAACAGAAAUGAUUAUAUUCUAUAGCGAUAAUGAAACUGAUCUGCGCUAAGUUAUGUGGAAUGUAACAAAUAUGCACAAAAAUUGAUUUUGUACAAAUGCAUUUUUUAAAAUAAUAACGCGUUUUAAACAGUUUUCCAAUAAUAUAAAAACAUGAAUAAUCAAGGUUAACUAUAAUAAGGAGUACAAAAUAUGUGAACUUAUUCAUUACAUAUUCAGACUUGUAGAUGCUCUUGUUUAUCGAUGUUCUCAUUGUAUAACAUGAUAUAAGUGCAAUAAAUGAAUGUUAAC